AAUAGUUUUCUUAAACCUAUGUAUAUGUAGCUUCUGAACAUCUUGUAAGUAAGACUGAUACAAAUGACAUUAAAUGUACUUUACAUAAUUAUCAUAAAUUCCAAUAUGCUAAUGUACCUAGCUUCGUAUUAUUGCUUAUGUUAUGUACAACUAAAAAAAGUUCAAUAAAAAAAAAUGCGUAGUAUUAUCGAAAUUUAAUUUGAAUUAUAAUUAACACAUUAAUUUUCCAGUUACAACAGAAAAUCUUUAAUCUUCCGAACAUCAUCAUAUCAUUAUCAUAUGGGUACAGUCAAUUAGAUACAGUAGAUAUUACGCAUGCACUUAGGAUACAAUUUCAACAGUCAUCGUCUAUAUAUUCAUACAUCAUCACGUUUCCGCGUCAGAUUAAGUUCGUCACUGUAUUAUUUUUGAUAACAAGAAUGGUUGUGGUUUCCGUAAGCGAAGGUCUGUUAGAAGGAGAGCUUGUUAAGAAUGAAUACGGAGGAACAUUCUACAGUUUCAAGGGAAUACCUUACGCGGAGCCGCCUGUGGGAAAUCUUAGGUUCAAGGCCCCGCAGCCCGUUAAGCCAUGGCCUGGAGUCCGCAAUGCCAAGCAAUUUGGACCAGUCUGUUUUCAAAAGAACGUGCUUGUACCAUCCAAUGGAAGCGAAGACUGUCUUUAUCUAAACGUUUACACCCCAAACGUCAAACCUGACAGUCCAAUUCCUGUCAUGGUCUGGAUUCACGGAGGUGCAUACAAAUGCGGUAGUGGUAACGAUGACUUCUAUGGACCAGAAUAUCUUUUAAGACAAGGGGUUAUUCUCGUUACGCUUAACUACAGACUGGAAGUCCUCGGUUUCUUGUGCUUGGACACCGAAGAUAUACCAGGUAACGCUGGCAUGAAAGACCAAGUCUCUGCUCUUCGUUGGGUCAAAAAGAACAUCGGAAACUUCGGCGGCGAUCCAGAAAACAUAACAAUUUUCGGUGAAAGUUCUGGAGGAACUAGUGUCAGCUAUCACUUGAUAUCUCCGAUGUCAAAAGGACUCUUCAAAAAAGCAAUAAUACAAAGUGGCGCAAUUACUUGUUGGUGGGCACUAACUUUCGAACCUCGUCAAAGAGCUCUAAUUUUAGCCAAGAAAUUGGGUUUCGAUUCGGAAGAUGAUAAGGAACUUUACGAAUUCUUUAAGAAUCAACCCUUGGAAUCACUAGCGGACGUGGGAUUGCCCGUGAUACACUCCCAAAAAGAGAGUGAAAUUUGUUUGUCUGUCACAGAUGAAAAGCAAUUUGGUGAUAAUGAAAGAUUCUUUUAUGGCGACAUCAUCGAUGCCCUCAACAACAGAUUGGACAAUGUCGAUGUUAUAAUUGGAUACAAUCAAGACGAAGGCUUGAUAGCUUUGUUGGAAAACGAUAAUGAUAUCACAAAAGCCGUAAAUUUGGCGAAAAUGUACCUCGAAUAUUUCGUACCAAAACCAAUCGCAUUGAACAUUCCGAUCAAACAACAGCUCGAGAUCGGUAGAAAAUUUAAACAAUUCUAUUUUAAGAACAAGAAUAUUGGCGACGAUUUAGAGAGUCUGGUCAAAUAUGCAGGCUUUGACAUGUUCAUUUACAACGUCUUGAUUCAGGCAAAGUUUCUCGCGAAAUCCAAGAACAAUAUAUAUUUAUAUAAGUUCACGUGUAAAUCUGAAAGGAAUGUAUUGAGUCGCUUGUUGCAAAUUGACAACGUGCUCGGAGGCAGGCCUGUGACGUGUCACGGCGACGAUAUUUUUUAUAUUUUCCCAUCCGUGCCGGCUCCGAAAGUUAAAGUAGAUUCCGCUGCUUUCAAAUUAAUCGACAAUGUAACAAAGCUAUGGACGAACUUUGCCAAAUAUGGAAAUCCAACCCCUGGGGAUGACUUGGGUGUCAAAUGGGCUACAUAUUCCGUCGAAGCACAAGAUUACCUGGACAUUGGCAAUGAGCUGGUGGCAGCUAAAAAACCUGAAAGCGAUCAAGUUGAUUUUUGGGAUGAUAUCUUCAGACAGUAUUUACCUAAUUGGAUUGUCUGGUAGCUAAUUGAAUUAAUGUUGGGCAUUCAUUAAAAUUACGGUUAAACUAAGGUCAUAGGGGUAAGGUCGUGUGGAGAAUAUUGAACGGUAAGCAGCGGUUUGGCGCUGCCCCUGGCAUUGCUGACGUCCAUGGGCGACGGUAACCACUCACCAUCAGGUGGACCGUAUGCUCAUAUACGGAAAUGAAAUUAUUUAAAUGGCUGACUGAAAUACACCACAACCUUAACGUCAUAGCUGCGAUGUGAGGUUCACAUAUCCAGGGUAAAGGAAUUUAAACUACAGAACCCUUUACCGUUAUAAUUAGGUACUGAGCGAAUAGCUGAAUAACAUUCUACUAGUAUGCGACAUCUAUAAUAAAGUACUUAAUAAAUAUUAUGUAACACAA